AACACAAGGAGCAUUACACUGUCUGUCUCAAGCAAGUGAGGAAGUGGUGAGUAGUGUUCUGCCGGGGAGCCACCACACUACGAAGGGAGGAGAGCUCUGUCAGGAGCAGGCCGAGGUACUUUACCAAGAUGCAAAAGCUUCAAGUGUCCCCGUCUUUGGCUCUGGUGGGAUUCCUUACCACUGUUGGUCUCACCCUGGCUGCUGGCUUCAUAGGGCACUACGCGUUCCCCUACUGCUACGGUGGUGAUAAUGAGGUUACAAACACCACCACCACCACUACUACAACUACUGACAUCUCCUCCACACCACCUCCAACCACUACCACAGAGACGCCUAAACUCAACAACUACCGCCUACCGGAGUCCCUUAAGCCCCUUCACUACCUGGUCAAGCUUCAGCCCUUCGUCAAUGGUAACUACACCAUCUUGGGCUACCUGGAGGUGGAGAUGAAGGUGGUGAACUCAACCUCUCGUAUCGUCCUCCACAUGGCUGACAUCAUCACCCAUAAUGAUACCAUCACCGUGGUACAAGAUGGGGUACAGGUGGUGGUGAAGGAACACGUGUACGACGCUGAGAGGGAGUGGUACGUGGCCCAGCUGGACCAGGAGCUGCAGGUGGACCAGACGGUAAACAUCAGCCUGUGGUUCACCGGCCUCCUUAAUGACCAACUGAGAGGCUUCUACAGGUCAUCCUACGUCGACCCUGAUGGUAACACUGUAGAGAUGGCAGCGACUCAGUUCCAGCCAACAGACGCCAGACGAGCGUUCCCCUGCAUGGACGAACCAGCGCUCAAGGCUAAGUUCUCUGUGUCGCUGGCCAGGGAGGAGAACAUGACGUCACUCAGCAAUAUGCCCAGAUACGGCAGCGAGCCAGUAGAGGACCAGCCUGAGUGGGAAUGGGACCACUACGACACUACUGUAGAAAUGUCCACCUACCUGAUCGCUUUUAUCGUCUCAGACUUCGUGAAUAAGACAGUUGAUGUUAACGGGACCCAAUUCUCAGUGUGGGCUAGGCCAGCUGCUAUAGACCAGACGGACUAUUCCUUGGCCUUGGGUCCUCGAGUGUUGACUUUUUUCGAGGAUUACUUCAACAUAUCCUACCCACUGCCGAAACAAGAUAUGGCCGCUAUACCGGACUUCUCUGCAGCAGCCAUGGAGAACUGGGGCUUAAUUAUCUACAGAGAGACGGCCAUGUUAUACGACCCUCAGUUAUCGUCAGCCUGCAGUAAGCAGUGGAUAGGUGAGACGGUGACGCACGAGUUGGCUCAUCAGUGGUUCGGUAACUUGGUCACUCCCAGAUGGUGGACUGACUUGUGGCUUAAUGAGGGAUUUGCUACUUAUUUGGCAUUUGUUGGCCUUAGUCAUGUGGAAGAAUCGUGGAAGAUGAUGGAACAGGUUGUCGGUGACGUGCAUUAUGUGUUCGGUGUUGACAGCUUAGAGACCUCUCACCCCAUCAGCAUCCCUGUUGGUCACCCACAUGAGAUUAAUGAAAUAUUUGAUGCUAUAUCUUACUAUAAAGGAGCUUCCAUCAUCCGAAUGAUGGAACACUUUCUGACGGAGGAGACAUUUAAGAUGGGCCUAAUUAGCUACCUCAACCACUUUGCCUACAACUCAGCCACCCAGGACGACCUGUGGCAGUUCUUGACGGCGGCGGCACACCAGGACGGCACUCUCACCUCUGACCUCACCGUCAAGGUCAUCAUGGACACCUGGACACUCCAGAUGGGUUACCCGCUGAUUACUGUCAUCCGUAGUAAUGAUGGCACCUCAGCCACUGUCACUCAGGUGAGUUUCCUGCUGAUACCGAGGGAGAAUAUGACGGCGAGGCAGCAGGAGGCGCCCUACAGGUGGUGGGUGCCGCUCUCCUACACCUCGGCCAACAACUCAGACUUCAGCAACACAAUUCCCUCUGAGUGGAUGAAGGACUCGGAAGAACACAAGGCGUUGACCUCGCUGCCCGCCAGUGACCAGUGGGUCAUAUUCAACCUACAGGAGACAGGUUACUACCGCGUCAACUAUGACUCCAACAACUGGGCCUUGAUCACUGAUCAGCUCAAAGCUGAUCAUGAAGCCAUUCACGUGAUCAACCGAGCCCAGAUCAUUGAUGAUGCCCUUAACCUGGCCCGUGCAGGUCGGCUGCCGUACGAGGUGGUCCUGAGGAUUAUCGAGUACCUUAAGCGUGAAAAGGAGUUCGUCCCCAUAAAGGCUGCUCUGAACGGCCUCUCUUACCUUCAGAUGAUGAUGAAGACGACUACUGGCUAUGGGGCCCUCAAGAAGUACCUGCUGGCCUUGGUGACCCCGCUAUAUGAGGCAGUAGGUUUCGAGGAUAAUUUGAUGGAUCCGCAGUUGCAACAGUACAAGAGGGUACUUGCUCUAUCCACGGCGUGUAAGCUCGGCCUUCAGGACUGUGUGGACAACGCUGUGAGUCAGUUUCAGGCGUGGAUCAACGGCAGUGACAUCUCUCCCAACCUCAAGUCAACAGUGUUCUGCUAUGGUGUUGCAUCAGGCGGGGAGGAGGAAUGGAAUGCCACCUGGUCAAAAUACCUCAGCUCUAACGUGGCCACAGAGAAAGAACAGCUUCUCAAGGCUCUGGGCUGCUCCAAACAUACGUGGAUUCUGAAGCAGUACCUGGAAAUGGCCUUCACGGAGAAUAAGGGCAUCAAGAAGCAGGAUAUAGGGACGGUGUUCAGAGCAGUAGCGGUGAAUGAGAUUGGUCGCUCGCUGGCACGGAACUAUCUGAUGAGAAACUGGCUUCAUAUUAGUCAAUACGUGGGAUCCAUAACACUCUUGGAAGACUUGAUCAAUGAUGUUCUCUCUCAGUGCAACACAGGGGAGGAGAAGGACGAGCUGGAGAGACUGUACGCCAUCUUCCAGGGCUCGCUAGGGUCCGCCACAAGGUUCAUACAACAAAUCCUGGAGACCAUCACGAACAACGUGGCUUGGAUGGACCGUAACUAUAGCACCAUCGUCGCUUGGCUCAACACAAACGGCUACUCUGCUGGUUUCACCAGAUAGCUGUAGGGGAAGAGAAAAAAGAUAUGGUCGUAGUUGUGUCUCGUCUCAUAUCUCUCGUGUAUAAAUUAAGAGAUGGAUGACGACCACAGUAUCACCUGGUCUCGUGUACGACUUAGAGAUGGAUGACUACCACAGUAUCACCUGGUUUCGUGUCUCCUGGACGACUUUGCCUUCAUUGCAGACGACUACCACACUGCAUCUUUGAAAUUCAUACUGUUAUGAUUAUUCCAUCCAAGUAUUCUCCAGAAGAACAAACAUAGUCUUAUUAUUGUUCCAUUUCUAUGUUAUUCUGUCAUCGUCACCGUUGCACCUACACUCGUCUAUAAUGUUCAAUCGCACAUAAAACAGAAUUUUCGUGAGUUACCCAUAUCCAAGUUUUCUUUACUACUAUACUAGUGUCAGAGAAAACGAUAUUGGAGUAAUUCGUGAAAAUAUUAUGUUUUAUGGGCGAUUGAGCAUAAUAUGAACGAGUGAGGGUACUAAUAAUUAUAAUAUAGGUGCAACUUUGACUAUAGCAGCUUAGGAUGAUUAUUUUAUAGAGCAAUAUUUAUCCUAAAUAUAUUAAACUAUUCAACAAAUAUUUCUCUAAUGAAAGAAUUAAUGUACUGUAUGUGAUUCUAAUGAUUAUUUCUUAAACUCAGGUGAAUAUAUUCAGGUAUUUUAUCAAGAAGGAGACGAACGAGUGUAGAUUAAGUCAUUUAUGCAUAUAAUAUUGGAACAGUAAAUCCCAUUUUAGCGACAGUAUUAUUGAAGUGGUGCCUUAAGCUAAAUGUAUAUAGAAAUUUAUUAUAAAACCUCCAAUCAUAUAUAAUGAUGCCUUAAC